GUUUUACUUGUAAGUGUCAUCUUAUUCUUAACCAGAGGCUCUGAAAUCAGACAGACAGUCUGGUUAUUGUGUGAUCAUCGGAGAACUUCAGUCCAGCUCUUUCAAUUUGGGAUCUGCUUUUCGUUAUUAACUAAAAAAGCUACACAAUAGAAAGCAAUGUUUCUUCUCGAUUGGUUUUAUGGUGUUUUGGCUUCUCUCGGUUUGUGGCAGAAAGAGGCCAAGAUCUUGUUUCUAGGUCUGGAUAACGCUGGCAAAACCACCUUGCUUCACAUGUUGAAAGAUGAGAGAUUGGUUCAGCAUCAGCCUACCCAAUAUCCUACAUCAGAAGAGCUCAGUAUUGGGAAAAUUAAGUUUAAGGCAUUUGAUUUGGGUGGCCAUCAGAUUGCUCGUAGAGUCUGGAAGGAUUACUAUGCCAAGGUUGAUGCUGUUGUCUACCUGGUUGAUGCCUAUGAUAAAGAGAGGUUUGCAGAAUCAAAAAAAGAACUGGAUGCUCUCCUCUCUGAUGAGGCUUUGGCCAAUGUUCCAUUUCUUAUUUUGGGUAACAAGAUUGACAUACCUUAUGCUGCUUCAGAGGAUGAGUUGCGGUACCACCUAGGGCUGACUAACUUUACAACUGGCAAAGGGAAGGUAAACCUCACAGACACCAAUGUACGCCCUCUAGAAGUGUUUAUGUGCAGCAUAGUGCGCAAAAUGGGAUAUGGUGAUGGCUUCAAGUGGCUCUCUCAAUACAUCAAGUAGGGUGAUUCUCAGGAAGAUGUUCAGCAGAACCAUAAAGCCCCCACCCAGCACGCCCUGCCCUGCCCUGCCCUACAAAGUCGUAUUCAUCCCCCCGUUUAAAAAUUGGAUGUAUUGUGAUAUGGAUCUGUGUGGAAGGAGGUAUUAAUAUCGCUGCUCUGUAAAAUUUACUUGUGGCAGCAAGUUGUUUUUUGCUCCUGCAGUUUGUCAAUUGACUUUUGCCGUCUGUUGCUGUAGCCUUAUGACGGUAAAGUCAGAAAACUGAAGUUUGUGUUAGAGUAAUCUUUAUGUCUACAAUGACGCUUGAUGGAAUGUAUUUAUUUACACCUAUAUCUUAAACCAGAACAUGCUUGAAGAUA